AUGCCCAUUCCCAUCAUUGUGCAGGGCUUCCAGGAGGGCUUCGGGACGAUCCCAUACCUCUGGCCUGUCCUCAAGACCGCACCAUGGAUCCUCCUGCUUGCCGCUCUCAAGUAUUACUUUGGCGGCGCUCGCAACACCUCCGAGAGGUUAAUGCACUCCAAAGUGGUGAUGGUUACGGGUGGUACAUCUGGAAUCGGAGCGUGCGUGGUCCGCGAACUGGCAGCUCGCGGCGCCCAAGUGAUCCUGCUUACAAAACAACCUCCGUCUGAUCUUUUCCUCGUCGAAUACAUCGAAGAUCUUCGCCGCCUGACAAAGAGUCAAUUGAUCUACGCCGAACAAGUCGAUCUUUCCUCGCUGCACUCCAUCCGAACCUUUGCCACCAAAUGGAUCGAUAACAACCCUCCACGACGUCUAGACGCCGUCGUGCUCUGCGGCGGUGUUGCCGUACCCCGGGGUGCGCGCAAGAACACUAUCGAUGGAAUCGACGAAGAGUGGCAAGUGAAUUACCUUGCCAACUUCCACCUCCUGAGCAUUCUGAGCCCGGCGCUCCGUGUCCAGCCCGCCCACCGAGAUGUGCGCGUUGUCUUCGCUACCUGCUCCAGUUACAUCGGGGCCAAAUUCGACCUGGCCGUCGUCAAGAGAGAGCCGGGCGCAAUUGGAGGCCCAACUACCGUCUCUGUCAACAGCAAGGCCAAAGUCAAGACGGAUGUCCAUCGUCCGGCUUCGACAAAGGGCAUCUACGCCCUGAGCAAGUUCACCCUCAUGACUUUUGCGCACUCCUUCCAGCGCCAUCUGAACGCGUACAAGCGACCGGAUGGUCUUCCACCGUGCACUCGUGUUCUCGUCGUUGAUCCCGGUCUUUCCCGCACCCCAGGCACCCGCCGCUGGCUGACCGGUGGCUCCUUGUGGGGUCUUCUUCUCUACCUGCUUACCUGGCCACUGUGGUGGCUGGUCCUCAAGUCACCUGAUCAAGGUGCGCAGAGCAUCCUGUACGCCCUGAUGGAAGAGAACUACGGCCGGGGCGAGGGCGGCUGGAUGAUCAAAGAAUGUCGGGAAGUGGAUUGCGCACGACGAGAUGUCCGGGACGAAGACCUGGGCAAGCGAGUCUGGGAAUUCAGUGAGCAACAAAUCGAAGAGGCCGAGAAAGAAGGUGCGCUGAGGCGGGCAUUGGAGAAGAAAGAAAAGGAAGCCGCCGAGCAGAAGCAAGAAAAGAAGCAGACUGCCCCGGCCUCGAAUAAGGAAAAGAGUGCCGGAUCGCGGAGGAGUCGAAAGGCGAAAUAA